AUGGUUCAUACGGUUCCUCUCAUCAUUUUUAUGGACAAUGUUUCUGGCAAUGUCUCCAAACAAUGGAACAAGCACCACGCAAUCUAUAUGUCAAAUGCCAACCUACCGCGCGAGAUGCUCGAAAAAGAAUUUUUCGUACGAUUUGUCACAUCGUCACCGCAUGCUGCUCCCAUGGAGCUUAUGAGGGUCAUGAAAGAGUCUAUAUGUAACGCUGCCGAAUCAGGUAUAAUUGCCUGUGAUUGCAAGUAUAACAAAGAGGUUUUGUUGAUUCCAUACGCGCUCUUCCUCGCUGGAGACAACCCCAUGCAAGCAGAAGAAUGUAGCCACGCCGGCUUAAACUGCAAUUACUAUUGCAGGACUUGCGAUACUGGUGGGACGAAAGAAUAUAAGGCGUCUGGUGAUGGGUACAGCAGUCUUUUCACGUCAGGCAACCUACGAACACCUGAAAAUACAAUGGCAGAAGUCCGAAAACAGUUUGAGAUCGUGUUGAAGUCAGGAGCGUCGGAGAAGAUCAAGAAUUCGGUAUCAUCGACUGGUAUUCGUGAUUCCACUUCUAGUUCGAUCCUCAAUGCGUUAGUAGAGCUUGGAAAGAAACUUCGAAAGCGUGCCGCUGGUACCCAAGCAAUGCCAGAAGCCGAAGUUACAGCUGUCCUGGAGAAAGAGUUCGUAGAACUUUUGCAAGGUCACAAGCUCGAUGACGCUAUUAACCCAUUGUUGGGAAUGGAAGGCCUCGAUAUACACAUGGACACUCCAACGGAAAUUCUGCACACAAUACUGCUCGGGCAAACCGUGUUUUUGCUCGACAAGGCAAAGCUCAUGGGCAUCUUUCAGGUCUGUCUUGAGUCUGUUGAUAAGGAUGGACUCAACGCUCCAUGCUUGAAUGCAGACUACGUCUGUCAUUACAAAGGCAGUCUCAUAGGGAAACAUUUCAAAAGCUUGGCACAAGUGAUGCCGUUUUUGAUUUAUGAUCUCGUCCCUUCAAUUGUUCUCAAUGCAUGGACCGUGAUAGGAGAGCUUGUCGUACUCGUCUGGCACACGAAGAUUGUGGAUACGGAAGCUUAUCUUGUAGGUUUAUGCAGAAAUAUGCGAUAA